AUGGCCGCACGUUCAUGGCUUCUUCAUCAUUCAAAAAUUGACAAGAUAUUUGACAUCAUCUCCCAGUAUACGUUUACGAUCCAUCACAUCAAUGGUGCUGUUAGCGUCGUAGCUGAUGCCUUUUCGCGUCGUCCAGGCAAAGCGGCUCCUUCUAGCGUUGACUUCCAUGAUUGUGAUGCUAAUUAUCAAGAUCGUGGUUCUCGUUUGCGAGUUUCGUCUUCCGGGCCAACUCUGAUUCGGGAGGGGAAUGAGUUUCUUCAAGUUGCUGUAGUAAUGACUGCAUUGUAUGUCGAGCUGUCUCCAGAAGUUCGUAAAAACUUCUAUCAAGGGUAUGCCAAUGAUGCUAAGUUCCAGGACUCAUGGACAAAGUCUGAUACAGACACCUUGUUCAUCAAACAUGAUAAUACGUUAAAUCUCAGAGGGAGAAUAUCCCGUGGAUGCGCUGACUAG